CCCAACCCACCCAUCGCAUUUAUCUAGGUAUAUUACUAGGUAAAGUGAAGCUAUCGACAGUGGCAGACGGAAUUCCAGCCAGAUUAGCAUCCAUCAUGGACUCAGAAGUCGCUAAAUGCUCCUUUGACCUUGUCAUCGUUGGAGCGGGCAUCGCCGGCUGCGUCCUCGCGAGUCGCAUCUCGCAAGCCCGCCCCGACAUCCGCAUCCUUCUCAUCGAAGCCGGCAUCGAGACAGACGACCGCGUCACCCCCGCCCUCGGCAUCCUGGGGGGCCUCGACUCGGAUCUGGAAUGGAACUAUCGGUCGGUACCGCAGGCACGGGGGUUCGGCGGCGCGGUGGUCAAUCUCACCUCGGGGAAGAUGGUGGGUGGAGGCUCCGCGGUGAACUAUCAGGUCUUCACGCGGGGUCCAGCUGUGGACUAGUACUCAACCUUCGACUUCUCUCUAUCACACACACACUAACCCCGAGCCACCCUCGCAGUCAUCAAUGGGCGGAGCUGGUCCAAGACCCGCGCUGGUCCUGGGAUAGCCUCCUGCCGUACUUCAAAAAGUCGGAGACAUGGUUCCCUUCCACCGAAUUAACCCGACAAGGUCUGUUGACACGGGAUGCGCAUGGGUUCGACGGUCCGAUCAAGGUCAGCCAUGUGACGAACAGCGGCAGACCGCGCAACUAUCCCCUGCGGGAGAAGAUUCGGCAGUUCCACGAGCUGCUAGGCUGCCAGCACGCGGUGGAUAUCAACGCGGGCCAGCCCGAGGGCUACGCGGAGGGGUUCAACUCCACCUACGAGGGGCGGCGGAGCUAUGCGGCGGGCUACGUGCUCGGGGCGAAUGUCACGCUGUGGAGUCGUUCCUGGGUGGAGAAGGUGGUCGUGGAGGGGGGGAACGCCCAGGGAGUGAUCGUCACGCGGUCUGGGGAGGAUGGUAAACCGGCGCGAGUCUACGUCGAGGCGACCAAGGAGGUCAUUCUCUCCGCGGGGGCCCAAAGCUCGCCCAAAAUCCUGCUUCUGAGCGGCAUCGGACCAGCUGCCGAUCUGGCCCUCCAUCAGAUCAACCCUAUCGUCGACCUCCCCGUCGGCCGCAACUACACCGACCACGCCGGCAUCUUCACCUACUGGGCCAUCGACCUCCCGAACGCAGUCCUGGGCGACGGCGAGAUGCAGGGCCCGGACCUCGACUGGACCGCCGGCCUGCCCUACGACUGGAUCUCCUUUGCGCCGGCCGACGGAUCAACCCGCGAAUUGGCCCGCCAACUCCUCCCACCGGACAAAUACCGCCGCUACUCGGCGGCCGGGAAGCUCCAGAUCGAGGUUUUCAUCGUAUACACCUCCGUCGACACCUGCACGCGCACUCCGCCUCCAGCACCCGGCUGGCCCGGCCGAGGCGUCUUCACCAUCGCCCACAUCCUCGUCGAUCCCGUCUCCCGCGGCACCGUCACCCUGCAGUCCACCGACCCCGCCGACCCCCCGAUCCUCGACCCGCAGCUCCUAGCUUCCCCCGUCGACCGCUCCGCGCUGUACGAGUGCGUGCGCGACUGCGCGCGCGCCGUGCAGGCCGUGGAGGGUCUGAACGCCGUGGAGUGGGGGGUCGAGGAUGCGCUGCGCGGGGAUUGGUCGGAUGAGGCGAUUGAGCGUCGCACGAGCCGGAUGGGCGCCGGCACGGUGUUCCAUCCCUCGGGGACGUGCUCCAUGGGGGAGGUGGUGGAUAGCGAGUGUAGGGUGUUUUGGGUGGAGAGGUUACGGGUCGUGGAUGCGGGUGUGAUCCCGCUGCCGUUGGCGGCGCAUUAUCAGGCGCCUAUCUAUGGGAUUGCGGAGCAGGCUGCGGAGAUGAUUGUGAGGGGGUUGUGAAGUUGAAAACUGGGGGUGGGAAUCGGAAGACGUGAUUAAGAUGUUAUGGGUGGUCCAGGUGGUUAGGUGGACAAUGUUUCUGUCAGAUACGUGGCGGUUAGUUCCAAUAAUGAACGAGGAUGAUGCGAAUCGAUGGCGGCAGAAGAUGCAGAAAUGAUGGAGAGAGAAAAAAAGAAACGACCGAGACGUGACUCGAACACGCAACCACUGCCACAUCCUGCACCGGAAGGCAGCGCGCUACCAUUGCGCCACCCGGCCAUUAUUGAGAAAAUUGGCUGCAGCUGCGUACCAUAUUCAACAUGGCAACUGUGGCAGAUUGGGUAGACCUCGAGGUCGUUUCCUCCAUCAGCUACCAAAUAAGACACUCCUCGCCGUACUGUAACUCAAGC